AGUUGUUACGGCAACACUGACUGGAAGGCUGGGCAACCCUGCUUAGUGUAGAAAAAUACUACUGCAGAGACAAAAAAUUUUUUCACACUACAGUACUUGAUUUGAUUUUUGUCUGCCAUUAAUUUUUGUGAAAAAUCUUAUAAUGGCAUAGGAUGAUUAAGAAGCAGACUAAUAAUUAAAGGGAUAUAAACAAACGAGGCCAAUACAAGGAUUCUUUUCAUCAAAGACCAAAAAGGAAAUAAAAUCCAGGGGAAGUGAAAACAAUUUUAAAGUACAUAACAUAUAUUGUUUAAAAAAGUGAAAACAAUCAGCAAAUUUUGAAAUCUUUUAAAGACACUUUUGCUGUUUGCAUCAUAUUUUUGAAGCUAAAGGCGGUGGCACAUUGUUUUUUUGUGAAGCAUCAAAAUAAAUGCAAUAAUUACAUCAACCAAUAAUUACAAAAGAAAAAAAUAAAGAGUUAUAUCAAAAUAAAAACUAUAAUAAUUCACAUAACCAACAAAUAUUGCAAAUAUUUCGUGAUUCUUUUAAUAAAAAAUACCAAAAAGAAGUUUUAAAUAAAUCAAUAAAUUAUUAACAAUUUACAUAUAAAUUGUUAAAAAAAAAAAUAAUAAUAAUCAACCAACUAACCAAAAAGUAUAACGAAUAUUUAUUCAUUGUAAUUUUUCGAUUUUAAUUGAAAAAACACAAACUUAUGAAUUGAAAUAUUGCAUAAAACGAAAAACUGCAAAACUAAAGUAAAACUAAUAUUAAUUUCAAAAGUGGCUUUUGGCGGAUGAUCGGUUCAUACAUACAUCAAUACAAAUAAAAAAAGACAGGAUAUUCUCGAAGAAAAUACAACAAUAAAAUCCAAAGACUUGCUUUGAAAUUUAUUGCAUUAGAUAAUGUUUUAUGCCAUUUAAACAAAAAAAAUAUUAAAUAAUAAAAAAUUACGGCCAUAUAAAAAUUAACAUUCUAUUUAACAAAGAAAAAUACUAUAAAUAUCUAUUACUUAACUAAAUAUAUCGGGGAGAAAAAUUAACCCUUUCAACGUUCCUUAUUAUACAAAUACAAAUUAUUAAGAAUUCCUUCAUAUAUCGUAUCUAUCACCUUGUGUUUUAAUCAAGCACGGUUCAAGAGUUUUUAUAUAUGGCAACUCUCGAGGAAUACGCACCUAGUAUAUUAAAUAGCUCCGCCUCCAAUUCCUCUUCUACAAUAACUACCAUUGCCACCACUAAUAGCUGCACUUCUGCUACCAACUCUUUUGAAUCCUCUUUACCCCCUAUUACCAAAGCAUUAGAAUCCGCUUCUAAUUGCAGUGCUUCCACUGUGGAUUCAAUUGUUGAUAAGCUCGUCAAUUCAUUGGAUUUAAGCGAUACCCUUCUGGCUAGCAACGUGAUUGCAAAGGAUUUAAGAAGCGUUUCGUCGCGUUCGUCUUCAGUUGCUGGUAGCCUAACUUUGGGAAGCUUCGGUGGGGGCAAUAUGUUUAGUGAGGUGUUUGAAAGUAACAUUGGAACUGAAUUGGAGUCUGGUUCAUUAGAAGACUCAUCCGGUUCAUUGGGAGAAGGCGGUGUUGAUAAAAAUUGCAAGAUCUGCAGUUCCCGCUUGCAAUCGCCUCGUGUACUUUCAUGUCUUCAUGUCUUCUGUGAAUCUUGUCUGUCGAAGUUGUUAAACGACGAAUCAGGCAAUAUUUCUUCAUCGUCUUCUAUUUCUUCUGUUGCCGGAGAAAAUAUUUCUACAAGUUCUGCUAAGUCGCAUAUUGAGUGUCCUACUUGCAAGCAAGUUACUGUGGUUGGUGUCAAGGGUAUUCAAUCAUUGACAUGCGAUUAUAUUUUAACCAAUAUUUUGGACUUGGCAACAAUCGAAUCGGAACAACUGCAUUGCACUUCAUGUAAAAGUAAGGAGAAUGCUAUUUCUCGCUGCAAUGAUUGUGCCAAUUUUUUGUGCAGUGGUUGCGAUAAUGCCCACAAGUAUAUGAGAUGUUUUGAGAAUCAUGGAGUUGUUAAACUUGAAGAUUUGCAAAAGUCGGCCGAUAGUGAUAAGCCCUUGGUUAUACAUAAGCCACUUUAUUGUAACGUUCAUGUAUCGGAGAAUCUCAAGUACUAUUGUUUUAAUUGUCAAAUCCCGGUAUGCAAUGACUGUUUGAUUGCUGACCAUAAGGGUAGUGAACAUCAUUAUGAUAUAAUUGGAUCUGCUGAGAAAUCGGUGCGUGGAGAUGUUGAAAAUUUAAUGAAGGAGGCUAAAUCAAAGGUGCAAUAUUGUGAUGAUGCUGCUGCUAAUUUGUCCAGUGCAUUGACUGAACUUCAAACUCAACAUGAUUCUGCUCGAGAUCUCAUUCAGGACACUUUUGAAAAUUAUAAGAAGAUUUUGGAGAAAUGUCGCGAUCAGGCUUUGAUUGAACUUGAAAAAUUGCAUUCAGAAAGGGAGUUGAAAAUAAUGGAUCUAAUGCAAAAUAUUGAAAAUACUAUGGGUAAAAUCGAAAACACUUGCAAGUUUACCAAUCGUGUGUUGGAACAAGCUAAUGCUACCGAAUUUUUGUCCAUGAAAAAGUUGAUUGCUACUCAAUUUAUUAACUUGAUCAAUACUACACCCAAAUGCGAUAUAAAUUAUUCGUUGACCUUUGAUACGAAAGCGGAGAAAUUUGAGCAGGUGGCCCAAGAGAUGUUCGGCAAGUUUCGCACUGAAUCUACUCCUCCAUCUCCAAAAGAAAGCACUCCGCCACCAACAUUGCCUGGCAUGCCACCGAAUAUGAUGAACGGUGGUCGUGUUGGCAAUGGAGGCGGCAAUGUGGGAAUGAAUUGCUCUAACAGCUCCCAGGGUCAGUUGACCAGCUCAGUUACUGCUAGCAGUCCGAUUUCCUUGCCAACUUCUAUGCAAAGUUCAUUCGAUGGUGAUUUAUAUGCAUUGGGAAAUGGUUUUAUGAUGUCAAAUGUUCUUACACCAGAUUCCCCACCCCAAGGUCAGUCGGGUAUGCUUCACCAUAAUCAUCAGCUGCAACAUCAAAGUAGCACUUCUUCACAUCACAGCGGGGUAAAUGGUUUCAAUAGCAUUGGGUCCAUUGGCUCAGGGGCUGGUAAUAAUCUCAAUAAUAACAUGAAUGCUUCUUCCGCUGGCUUAAAUGGAGCUUUGGGUGGCUCACAGUUGGGUUCUGGUCUGAACGGUGGACCACUUAUGGGCCCCCAGGGAUUGAAUGCUUUGAACGGUACUGGACCGUCCAAUGGUCUUAACUCUCUAGCAAAUCCAAUGAAUAACAGUCUUGCUGCUGGUCUGAAUGGUUCUCUCGGCGGAACUGGAGGUGUCGGCGGUGGACCACCAAAUGGAGGCUACAACAGUAUACUCGAAUACAAUUUAUCUCGUCUUGCCAGUCUUACCGAAAAUACUCCUGAUACUCUUAACGACGCCCUAGUUGGACCGGCUGCUGUACCUUCCAACCAGUCGAUUGUUCCCGCUUCUAAUGCCCAAAACCAACAUAUAACUUUAGCUGACCUUCUCUCUGGUGAUCAACGUGCUUUUAAUAAUCUACAAGCUCUCGCUAAGCUAGGCUUAAAUAACAACGAUUACUGCCUACCUACAGCACCAUCGCCAAGUCUGCCCACCUUACCACCGAUGUGUCCUGGUGGCAAUGGUGGUGGCUCAGUUGAUGACAUGAGCAUGACUAGUUUCCAUGCACCACCACCCCCGCCGCCCAAUACAACCAGCAUAAUAACCGGUCGCAACAAGGCCACCCCAAUGCAAAUACGUUGCAAGUUUGGAUCGCUGGGUACAUCCAAGGGACAGUUUAAUUCUCCUCAUGGCUUUUGCUUGGGUGUCGACGAAGAAAUUAUCGUCGCCGACACUAACAAUCAUCGCAUUGAAAUUUUCGACAAGUCCGGAAAUUUGAAAUUCUACUUUGGAGUGCCCGGCAAGGAGGAGGGUCAAUUAUGGUAUCCCCGCAAAGUGGCUGUAAUGCAUACUAACGGCAAAUUUGUGGUUUGCGAUCGUGGCAAUGAACGUUCUCGUAUGCAGAUCUUCUCCAAGAGUGGUCACUUUAUGCGUAAAAUAGCCAUCAGAUACAUAGAUAUUGUAGCUGGUUUGGCUGUAACGUCUAAAGGGCAUAUUGUUGCUGUCGACAGUGUUUCACCCACUGUUUUCGUCAUUUCCGAGGAUGGCGAGUUGGUACGUUGGUUUGAUUGCAGCGACUAUAUGCGUGAACCCUCGGAUAUCGCUAUUAGAGACAACGAUUUUUACGUAUGUGAUUUUAAAGGCCACUGUGUAGCUGUCUUCCACGAGGACGGUACUUUCCAGUAUCGUAUUGGUAAUGAAAAAGUUACUUGUUUCCCCAAUGGAAUUGACAUUUCUAAUGCUGGUGACAUAUUGAUUGGGGAUUCUCAUGGCAAUCGUUUCCAUGUUGCUUGCUAUUCGCGUGAUGGCAUAUUGCAAUCGGAGUUUGAGUGCCCACAUGUCAAGGUAUCGCGUUGCUGCGGUUUAAAGAUUACUUCGGAAGGUUAUGUUGUUACUUUGGCUAAAAAUAACCAUCAUGUUUUAGUGCUCAACACUCUGUAUGUUCAGUGAUUGCAAAAAAGAAAAGCACUGAGUGCAAGAAACGAUUUGUUACAAUGUGGAAAAACUUUAAAUAUAAACAAAUAUCAUAAUCGUCAUCAGCAACAACCGCUACAGCAGCAACAGCAAAAUUUGAUUCAAAAACAACAACAAUUACCGCAACCACAAUCUCAAUCGCAGUCACAGUCGCAACUUCAGUUGAAAACCAAAGUUUUUCCUACAGCCAAUAAUACGGUUGUUAGUAAAAAUCUAAAUAUAUCGUCGUUAUCAACUUCGACAGGAGCAGUACCAACAGCAGCAGUAUCAGCAUCAGCGGUGUCAACAGCAGAUUUAGCAGCAAUGAAUUUCAAUUUGCCUUUAAUUAGCAAGCAGCUUUAUAAUGAAAAUGGUGAUAAUAUUGAACAAAACAAAUUACAUUUUAUAGAUUAUGAUGAAAUUUAAGGCAAUAAUAUUUUGUAUUUUCAUUAUUUUUUAUUAAUAUUAUAAUUAUAAAGUAACAAACAAAACAAAGCAAAAGAAAGAAACAAAAACUAUAAACACAUAAUUAUAACAACGCCUCCAAAGAUACGACGAAAUUUUGAAUUUACGCCGCCAAAAGCCAAAAAAAUCAUAUUUUUUUUUAAACACCUCUUCUUACUAUUAUUAUAACUACUACAACAACUAUUACUACUUUUAUUAUAAAUUAUUAUAUUCUACAUCGUUUUACACUUUACACUUUUUUAAAUGUAGUUAAAAAUAUUAACAACAAACAAACAAACAAAAGGCCGUUUUUAUAUACAACAAUAUUAUUAUAGCUUAUAUACAUAUAUACAUACAUAUAUAGUAUAUAAUUAUAUGAAGAGAUUUUUUUUAUUUUAAAAUAUAUUCCUUUUUUUAUUAUUUUUAUUACUUAAAGAUUUUACGGUAGAAUUUAAAAAAAGUUUUCUUAUACAAGAUUAUUUUAUAUGAAAAUUUACUAAUUUAAAUUUUAUCAAAAAAAAUGAAACAGAAUAUUCGAUUAAAAAUUAAAAAAGAAAAAAAAAAACACUUUUUGUUUUUCAAAAAUAAAUCUCAAAAACCAAGCAUACAAUUUAUAAAAUAUUUUGAUCUCUUUGUAUUCAAAUCGUUUUUAUUUGUUUUUUUUUUUUUUAAUAUAUAGUUCAUCACUAAAUAACAAACUUAUUUACAAAAACAAAAAUUGUUUCUUUUUUUUAAUUAUUAUUUUUUUGCCUUUAAACAAUUAAACUUAACAAUACAAAAGAAAAAACAACAAAUGUUUUAAAAACGUUGCAAUGUAAAGAAAAACAAAAACAAAAAAAAAAAAAACAUAAUUAAAAACAAAACCUAUAAAUAUUGUUAUUUUAAUACUUUUUUAAUUUUGUUAUGUUUUCCUUUUUUAUUAUAUUAUUUUAAAGAAAAGUUUUUACUUUUUGUUAGCUCGUAAAUGUAUUUAAUCUGUAAACACAUUAUAUUCCUUUUUAAUUGAAUCAAUUUCCCCAUGUUAUUUUUUAAAUAAGGCUGGUUUUCCAAGACAUUAUUUUUUAUUUACUCACUUGUGUUAUUUUUUUUUUAUAAUAAAAAUAAACUUUGUUAACUUUUUUUUAAAUAAGUAAUUUACUUUUUAAACUAUUUACAUAAACAAAUGUUUUAGUAUAUUAAAUAUAUAAAAACACAAACAAAUUUUUAACUUAAAAAGAAAUGAAAAAAAAAAAAACAAAAAACAAAUAAGUUUUUAAUAUUUUACUUUGUUUAUUUAAUUUAAUAUUAACUUAUGUGUUUCAAAUAUUUUCUUGUCAUUUUUAUUGUAUUUUUUAUUUUAUUUUUUUAUAUUUAUUUUUUUUUAUUGUAAAGAAGAAAUAUAUAAUUUAAAAAUAAUAUUUUUUUAUUAACUAUUACAAAAGAAUUUUUUUUACAUGUAUACAUUAAAUUACACCAUAUACAGUUUUGAACGAACGAAAAAAGAAAAUGUCGAAAAUACAAAAAAAAAAAGAAAAGAAA